CACUGGCACUGGCACGCGCUAUGGCAAAUGAAGUGCAAGUCCUGCCCUCCCCGCUGAAAGGGGGCCAUCCUCCCGCAGUAAAAGCUGGAGGGAAGCGAAUUUCCAAAAAACAAGAAAUUGGCAUCUUGGAGAGACACACCAAAAAAACAGGACCUGAGAAAACAAGUGCUAUUAUGAAUGUUGCCAAAAUACAGACGAUGGAUGCCCUGAAUGACACACUGGAGAAGCUCAGCCAUAAAUUUCCAGCAAUAGUGCACAUGGCACAUCAAAAACCCAGACCUGCUCUGGAGAAGGUCACUCCAAUGAGAAGGAUCUACAUUAUUCAACAGCCUCGAAAAUGUUAAGCUGGGACGUAAAACACAGCCGUCUGCCCAACUGCCUUCAACAUCUGACAGCUUAGCUAAAGGACUAAAACUUUCCUUAGGCUUAGUGCACUUGCUUGGUAAAUAAAAUAGCC